UCGGAUGUUGCAAAUGGCUUCGAUAAAAACCUCGUUUCUCAAACAUGAUGUCAUCUCUCCUUCUCGUAGUCAUACCAUUCAACCGAUUUCAUCAAGUUCACGUGAGCAUCACGCGACUGACUAUGGUGCGGACCCCACUGGAAGAUCAGACAGCACAGAAGCCCUCCAGCAAGCCAUCUCUGAUGCCUUCGGAUCCCCCAUUGAUGGCCACUUGAUGCAAGGCAUUACUAAUCUGGGAGGCGUGGAGCUUCAUCUGGAUGGAGGAACUUACAUGAUCAGCCGUCCAUUGCGCUUACUGGACAUCAGCGGUGGUAACUUCAUGAUACACGGCGGAUCACUCCGAGCCUCUGGUGAUUUCCCAUCUGACCGUCAUUUGAUCGAACUCUGGUCAUCAUCCAAAUCUUUAUCGUACGAGUACAUCACACUCAAAGACCUCAUGUUGGACUCAAAUUUUAGGGGAGGUGGCAUUGCGAUAGUCAAUUCAGUAAGAACAACCGUAGAUAAUUGCUACAUUUCGCAUUUUACGACCAAUGGCAUACUCAUCCAAGGUGGCCAUGAAACCUACGUUAGAAACUCCUUCAUUGGCCAGCAUAUCACCGUCGGCGGUGACCCUCGAGAGAAGGACUUCUCAGGCGUCGGAAUCAACAUCGUCGGUAAUGACAAUGCUGUUACCGACGUCGUCGUUUUCUCGGCAGCCAUUGGAGUACUGAUACAAGGUCAAGCCAAUGUGCUCACCGGAGUUCAUUGCUACAAUAAGGCCACUAGUUUGGGCGGUGUCGGAAUUUAUCUCAAGUCCCCUGGCUUCACUCAAAACCGAAUCCUCAACUGUUACUUAGACUUCACCGGAGUAGCCAUGGAUGACCCGGUCCAAGUACAAAUCAGCAACUCAUUUUUUCUGGGUAACGCCUAUAUAUUAAUAAAGUCCUUGAAGGGUAUCGUCGAAGGUGUAAGCAUCGUUCAUAAUAUGUUUUCCGGUGAUUAUACGGGGGUCCCGAUAGUCCAGUUGGACCAAUCAAAUGAACCUUUCACCUUGAUUGAUCAAGUCAUUGUUGAUCACAACAACGUACGGGGUAUGAGGCUUAGAUCGACGGUGGCUAGGGGUUCGAUUUGGGGGAAUGGGACAACGUGGACCGUUGAUUUCUCCAAGGUCCUCUUGUUCCCUAACCUAAUUAAGAAUGUACAGUACACAUUACAAGCCGGGAAAUUAUUUCCUAAACAUGUGUUAAGGAAUUUAUCAGGUAAUGCUGUGACAGUGGAAUCCGAUGUUCCUGUAUCAGCAACCCUGCACGUGGCGGUGGAUCAAAGCAUGGAUGGGUACGUAUGAUCUGAUCAGAUGGCUGCGGUUGGCUCAUGGAGCAGACAAAGGAGGACUUCGGAUUUUGAAAUUCU